AAUUUGUACUGGUGGCAACACUGCCUUAACUGAAACCGUUGAGACAAGCCACAUUCAAAAAGAGCUAGUCUUUUUUGUAUGAAAGUGUUCACAUCCUCUUCGGUGUUUUGAUAAUUCACAAAACUUUAUCACAGUAAUUGACUGUUUUACUAAAUUAACAACUGAGUCUGUGUGCCGCUUUUCAAAAAUUGAGAACGGACUUUGAUAGUUAAAUCUCAGAUCUCAUACCUGGGAUAUGAAACCCCCACUUCGGCAGGUGAGGAACUCUCCUCGCACAGGAUUUGCAAGAAGACAGAACAGUAACAAUGUAGUUAUGUGUGGUACACUGGGGGAAGGAAUUGGUGCUUCUGCCGAAGUUCAGAGCUCAAACAUCAGAGUUGCUGUUAGAGUGAGACCUUUUAAUGAACGUGAAAAAUCCACCAGCUCAAGAAAUUCUGUUAAAGUGGCAAAUGACAAGCUGUUGGUGUUUGAUCCUAAGGAUGAGGAUGAUAAUUUUUUUUACCAUGGAGUUAAACAAAACAAUAGAGAUUUCACAAAGAAGGCUCACAAAGAUGCCCAUUUUGCAUUUGAUGCUGUAUUUGCACCUGAAUCAACCAAUGAAGAAGUUUUUGAAGGAACAACAAAAGCAGUUGUCGAUGCUGUUUUAGAGGGUUUCAACUGUUCAGUAUUCGCUUAUGGAGCAACUGGGGCUGGAAAAACUCAUACUAUGCUUGGGACCCAACAAAAUCCCGGUAUCAUUUUCUUAACUGUAAUGGACCUUUAUCGUCGAAUGGAAGAACUAAGAGGAACAAAGAAAUUUGAGAUUUCUGUUUCGUAUCUUGAGGUUUAUAACGAAAACGUCAGAGAUCUGUUGGCUCAAUCAAAUUUUUUAACGAUUCGAGAUAACGGAAAUGAUGGUAUUACUGUGACGGGACUUUCUUUGGUAAAACCAAACGGUGCGGAGGAUUUACUGUCACUUUUGAAAUACGGUAACAGUAACCGAACUCAGCAUCCGACCGAUCACAAUGCAGAAUCGUCGCGAUCUCAUGCGGUUUUCCAAGUAUGGAUCAAACAAAGUGAUCGUGCCUCUGGAUUAAGUAACAAUUUCAAAGUGGCAAAAAUGUCUCUCAUCGAUCUAGCUGGAUCAGAAAGAGGAUGUGCCACAGGGCAUACUGGCGAACGAUUCCGAGAGGGUAAUAAUAUAAACAGGUCUCUCCUAGCGCUAGGAAAUUGUAUUAAUGCCUUGGCUGAGGGACGCAGGCACGUACCUUAUCGCGAUUCGAAACUGACGCGUCUUUUGCAGGAUUCGCUCGGUGGAAAUUGCAAAACGGUUAUGAUUGCAGCGGUUUCUCCGUCUAGUGUUACAUUAGAAGACACGUACAACACUCUAAAAUACGCAGACAGAGCCAAAAAUAUUAAGUCUAAUGUGAAGAAAAAUGAAAGGUCGGUUCAACUCCAUGUGACCCAGUAUGAAAAAAUGAUUUCAGAACUACGGAGUGCGUUAGCCUCCGCAAACGACAGGAUAAAAAAUUUUGAAGAUUCCAAAGUAGUUGUGCAACCUGUUGAACUAGCUGCACCUCUUCCAGUUGAGAAUAUUCCCUGUUCGAAGUGCUUGGACAAAGAAACAAAUACCAGCGCAGAAGACAAUUCCACUUUGGUCCCUGAUCCAAUUCCAGCGUUUCCACCAAUUGAAUUAAGCAACGCUAGACAAGCUUGGAGUUCCCUUUUUCACGACAGACGAGAAAUGCAGCAUACGAUUGCAAUUCUUGAUCAACGCGAAAAAGAUUUGGAACAAAAAAUCGUGAUGAAAAAACAGAAAAAUAGUCGAGUUGAAAGCAUUAGCUUAUCAACAUUGAGAUUGGAAAAGCUUCGUAGUAAACUUGAACGCGAAAUAUCCUCCCAGAAACCAAGUAUCGAGCAAAUCGGCAAAAAGAAAGAAGAGCUCUCUAAAAAUCUGGAACUAAGCGCAGACAAAGAGAUUGCGCUCAGUAAGGAAUUUGAGCUUGCCAUGCAGAACCUUGGAAACGAAGAAAUGAAGCAAAUUGUCUCUGACGCUAUGCGUAUGAAGCAACUUGAAGUUGCCCUUCAAGAGACGAAAGACCAAAACUCGUACUUAACAAAAGCUUUACAAGUUCAAUCAGAAGAAAGUGCAAAAUCCGAAACUCUCCUUUUGCAGCUCAUGAAAAUAGCAAAAUCAUUUUAUUUGACGCUACGCUCUAAGAAUGCACUUGCAACUUACAUGGAAGAAGAUUUCAACGGCUUGGUCGCAAUUGUUGAAGGGCGAGGAAUAUGCUGGGCGGAUCAAAGAGAAGAAAUACUGAGAGAAGAAUUCAACCCUUUAAACGAUAACGUUACUCUAUCUCCACUGACCGAAUCGAAUCUUCACCUUGAUGUCCCUCCCAGCUCAGUACUUUGCCACACGCAAACCGCACCACCACCGCGUGUGGAAACGUUAAAUGAACCCGUUUCAUCGAACUUCGAUGAGACAAUUGUUCUUCAUUCAACUAAUCUAGAUGUCACGUUUGAUAUGAAUUUGCAUCCAGUAGAACCAACACAGUCAACUGUAAAGUCAUCAAUGCUCAUCGCGGAUGGGCCACUGGCGGAUCUUCCUCCAAAUGUUCUAUUUCAGUCCGGUUCAUUAGCGAACACCACCUUUUCUAGCCCAAAUAACAAAGAAAAUUUCACAAUUCCUAAAACUGGGAAUAGUAGCAUUCCCGUAAGAACGCCAUCCAAAGACCCGAAAAAUGGUAAUCCCCUCACACCAAAACUUCGAAGAGGUCAUUUAUUCAGCAAGAGCUCGUCGGAUCUCCUGACUUCUCAGAGAACUCAGCAAUUCGGUAAGCCUGGGUACAUGGCUGCAACAACCGCUUCAAAAUUUCGAGGAACGGUUCCGGAUGCAGUGUUUGUCGAGCCUGCUCCUGUAGCGCCAAUUCCUUCUGGAUCAUCGAGCCGUUUCGUCAGCACUGGUAACCCUUACAAGAAAAUUAAGAAAUCCGUUUCGACGUUCUCACUUACUCAUCGUCGUUGAUGGUAAAAACCAUAUUGUAUAAAUUCGUUGAUCUUCUUUGUAGAGUUUACUCCUUUUUAAACUACAUUUAACGUUAUGUAUACAUACAUGGUGAGGGGAUCAGUGCAUUCGUUGAUUGCUGGGUUUAUAAUGCUGCAUCAUUUGUAUCGCUUUACUUCUAGUUUCAUACUUACUGUAAUAUCAUUUGUUACCUAAUCAUCAUUUGAGGUGUUUUUAACAAAAAAGCCGUAAAGCGUAAAGCAGCUUUCUAUGAUCUCCCCAGUGUACAUAAAGCUUUUUCAAGAACAAUACGUUUGUUGAGAAGCAACUUGUGCCUCCAUUGCUAUGAAUGAAAAUUCUUACCUACCUUACUUCUUCUGAGCUUCGUUCCUUAAAAUUCGUUUAAAUCGCGGAAUUCAAGAUGUCACCCGUCGUUUACAAAUCUUGAACGUAUUAAUACACUGCUUUGAUAAUCUA